GUAUUUUCAGUUAUUUGAGUUAUGGUUUAGUUAGCCACUUAUAGUUUGUACUUUGUCAUCAAGCUACACAACUCAACUGGAAUGAAAAGAUGGAGGCAAAUUCUUCAAACAAGGAAACGAAUGAUGUCAAUGCAUCUGAAGGAUCUUGGAGUGGAAGCUCUCAAACUGCUGCUGCUGGCUUCUGCUUCAUGUGUUGCCGGCCUGUGACUGGCAAUUGUCAACCAACAUUAGACAUGCUUUCAACGGUAGUGUCUCAGGUUUCUGUUCGAGAGAAGGUUGAGCAUGAAACUGGAUGGCAUCUCUCAUCAGUGAACCAACUACCAACUGGAGUUUGUUCCCAAUGCUUCAAUUUUGUGAAUGAAAUAGACGUUAUGGAACAUAAGUUAAACUUGUACCGUAAUAUUCUGAGGUCAAAUGUUCAAGCUUCAUUGAACAGCUUCCGUGAAGGUAAAGUCCAUUUCAAUAAGCAUUCUACAGAAGUAAAAUUGGAUUCUCUGCCAGUAGAAAAUCGGCAGGAUUCCGUUGUUAAUGGCAAUAAUUUUAUUGCAGUGGAUGAUUUUGAAAGGGAUUCUGCAUCGCCUAAACUUAAACUGUCUGACAAAGUAAUGGACACACUCUCUGGCAGCUCCUCAACUGCCCAACCAAGUUCACUUUGCACACAGGUUUCUCUAGCAUCUGUACCUUUGCAGUUGUCACCUAUUCCUCUAACUUCUAAAGCCAGUUCAGUAAAUAUUUCAAUUCCGUCAUCACUGGACAGGAUCAGUGGAAAUGAUUCUCUUAAAAACACUCAAUCUUCUAUCAGCCAGCCACAUGUUUCGCAAGAGUCUUUCGGUAACUGUAACAUGCAUGAUCAAGAACAACCAUUCAAUCUUUCUGUAUGUUCUACAUCAAAUAUGACGCAAUCGUACUGUACUUUAACUCAAUCUGUGUCAAAAGAUGCAGCGAGUUCUUACUUAGCGCAGAAGUCAUUUAAUUCUGAUUUGAAUAUGGGUAAAAGUUUGUCGUCACAACAUGACAAUUCGCCCAUUACAUCAGGCAAUCUUCUGGCAUUUGAGCUAUGCUCAGGUUCAAGGAAGAAAGGACCGGUGGAUGCAGUUCAGAGAUGUUCAUUAGGCAAUAGAACUGAUUUGGCUACAUCAAAUGGUGGUUUGGAAGCAACAAUAAAUUCAUUCAAAGUUGAUAGUCCUCGGAGUACUACAAUUACACAAAGCAAUCUGGCGUUCAGCUCAACGUCGGUUACGCCUCCUUCCUCUCGUUAUAGAGAAAAUGCUUCUGCUUCCUCUCCCACAAAUACUAUGCAAAAGGUUUCAACAGCUGUUACAACCAGAAACGUGUAUGCAUCAAUUUCAGGUCAGGUAAAUUCGUCAUUCGUCUCCGAUAGUACCCAAAACAACAAUGGCCAAAAGUUGGCUUCGUCACAGGCAAGUCUCCUGUCAUCUGGUGUGGGUAAUUCCCCCCUCCAUUCUUCAAUUGCUGCUCUCUCCUCACGUGAGUUGCCUAUUAACUCGUUUUCUGAAAACUUGAAUACUAGUAUUGAUGGUUCGCAUGUAUCGUCUUAUUCAUCUUAUACUAAAAAUGACGAUGUGAAAUUUGAAGCAACUGUCAAGCCUGGCAAGGGUAGAAAAAGAGCAUCAGAUACGUCUACAUCUGAGAUAGUGCCUUCUUCUUUGGUUACUGCUGUUGAGGUUGCCGAUCAAAUUUCUCAAACCUUGUCUCCGAUCAGAUCUUGUUGUGAGCAAUCAUCGCGAGUGUGUGCUACCACUUGUGUUUUCAACUCUCCCAAUGAUGAUAGUUUAGAUUCUUCCAUGAAUAAUUCGUUCCUAUCAGCAAAUUGCCCUAUUUCUUUUUCCUUACUUUCUCCUUCCCUACCCGCCGCUCCGCCACACGCAUCAUUGCUGUCACCCGAGAGCCAUACUGUGUCUUGUACAUCACCGACGUUUCUGCUCUCGCUGCACCAAUCAGCCCUUGAUGUGAAUUUGUUCUCCUACCCUUGCGAUAAAAAUGAGUUCAAAAUAAAAGAUGACUCCUGUUCUGAAUCAUCUGAUGAGGUCUUGUCGGUCGAUGAUGAGGUCCCUCAGAUUGGUAUGUCUCCGCACUCGGUUGCAAGUUGCCCUUCCGGCUCCAAAGAAGUGGGCACUAGUAAGGUGAAGUUUGAGGCACGUCCCGAAAAUCAAGUUGAUGUGACUCAGAACGUUAAAAAUGAUCUUAAAAUUACUGAUAAUGAUUCAUUCAAAAAUGGUCAGUUUUCUAUUCUUACCUCGAUCGGCGAUGACGUUGAUUCACUUUGUGAAGAUGUUGUCAAACAGCAUCUAUCCAAUGAAAAACGUAUUGAAGAUUCAAAGUACAAAGUUAGUGCACCCAACGCUGUGGAUGAGGUUCAUGAAGGUGCGGUUAUAACAGAUUCAUCGGUUCCUACUGGUCAUCGUCAGAUUUUACCCAGCGUUAGUGGCGAGCAAUCAAACAAAGACGGCAAACAUUAUGAGAAAAAUUAUGCAAAAGCAUUUGACUCUCAUGGCUAUGAUCUGAGUAUGAACAGUAUUCGUUCAACUACUUAUCCAGUAUCGGAAGGAAUUGAAAUCCUUGGUUCACCGACAAAUGCUAGUAACAAGUUUAGUAACCCUGAAGUUGGAUGCACUCGUUCUCACUUGAAUACUCAUGUUUAUAGCUCCCCGCUUUUCAGAAAGUUUCCUAGCUCAGAAACUCGAAAAACUGAAGAAAUACUUUCGACAGAAGUCCUCACACACUCAGAAUUGUUUCUCUCUUCCAUUACCUCAGAAAAUGAUAGAAAUGAACAAAAAAGUGGAUCUAUAUGUUCUGCAAACGUUGUUUCUUGCGAAAAUCCUUCUGAUCUCAAUAAACGAGGUUCUGAUAACGUUCUAGAAGCAUCAAAGGAUUCACUUAUCAAUCCAAUGCGGUCUUUAAAUCUAGAAUUGGCGCAUCUCGAAUCUCAUUCUACAUUCUCUCCAUCGCAUCCCAACGCUCCGCAGUGUUCAAGUCACCCAAGUAUUAGGCCGUUGCAUUGCAUGUCAAGCAAUUUUUUAACCGGCUUUAACAAAGCUGAUCGCAAUCAAUCUCAAUUCCCCAUUAGCCUGGAUGGUGCGUUACCGAUUGCAUCUAUCUUCAAUUCCAAACCUAGUUUCCGUUCGAACGAGCUAUUAAGAGCUCCUGACCAUAUAAACAAUUCGAAAUUUUCUGAUGUCUCUGGCGCUAAAAUUUCGUCUCCACUGUGCUCUCCAACGUAUUCUCACUUCACAGCAGGCAUCGUUGCAUCGUCUGUUGCUUCAACUUCCAAUGAACUUCUGCCCUGUAAUCAGUUCACCGUGGACUCGUCCCAUCGUCACUUUUCGCCUAAUAACAGAAGUGGUUUCUCACGCUCCAACAGAGAAAGCUCCUGUAGCUUCUUCGAUUCCAGUUUAGUCCUCACAGCGUCCAUUAAGUCAAGUUUAGAGUCCGAAAAAAGUGCCGAUGCAAAAAUAGGAAUAACUAUACCCAUUUCAACUCAAUGUUCAAACCAUUCUAGUUCAAAAGAUCAAUCUCAAUUUGGUGUUACAUCUUGUGCUUCAAACAUUUCGAUCCCAUUGGUCACGAAAUUGUCUGUGAAUGGGCAUUCGAAUGAAAAUGAGAACUUGACCCUUAACAGAUGCAUGGCUAACAAACUGAAACGUGAAAGCUCUUUGCACGAAAAUGAUUCAUUUGAUCCGAUCGCAGAUGCUCAAACUUCAGUCAUGGUUCUAGACGCAACGAAAGAUGGUGACAAUGUCCAUCAUAAUUUACAGUCGAAUGUUUCCGUGUCUAAACAAGGAAGGGUUGUGCAAUCAAAACAUACCAUAGGACGUUCGCGAUAUAGUAAGAGGAAAUCAAAGAAAACUAAGACAAAAAGGUUGAAUUCAACAAAAAGUUACAAACCUGCGACUAAGAAAUCAAAGAAACGCUUUAUAAAUUCGGACAAAUCUAGCUUAAAUUCUUCACCUAGCUACUCCAUGACGGGCUUUGACCAGGUUUCCGUGUCUAGAAAGUCUCUCACUUCUUGUGCGACUGAUGCAGACGGUGCCGUUAUUAAUUCAUUAGAUAACAAAAAAACUUGUACUACAUCUUCAAGCGACGUUUUGGCUCCUGUGAAAGAGGCCUCGAAAUCUGUCGAAUCUAGCGAUAGUAUGGAAUUGAUUCUAGCUGGGCCAUUUGACGAUGCAAACUCCUCUGAAAUUACAGGCGGUCAAAAUUCGUUUACUAAAUUGCCUGGCAUCUUCUUCGAUCAGAAGCUCGAACAGAGUAAUUUGAAACAAGAGUCGAGUGAAGAUGGUAUUUCGUCAACGUUAACAAACUUUAGUAAAGAUGAUCAUACCGCAAAUGGAGCAGCCACCAAUGUUGAAGUGCUCUCAAAAGAGGAAGAAUCUGAAACAAGGAAAUUACCCAUUAGCGAAGCAUGUUGCAUGACAAGUCAAACUUUAACUUCUCUGAAUUCAUCGACAUCUGCCUGCUCCCCAUGCAUAGUUCCUAGUUUAGCCAUGAAGAGUUGUUCAACACUUGGUGAUUCUAGUAGCUUCAUAAUUGAAUCCAAGCAAUGUUCAAGCAGAAGCAAAUCUUGCGGGAAUAUUGCGAAUGAUUCUUCAAGCUCUUCAGCACAGAGUGCCAAUAACAAAACUAAUAACCUCACUCAACUUGAUGGCGGGGAAACAUUCAACAUUAGUACAGAAUUUUUUGCGCAAAUCGUGGCCAGUCCCAAUGAUAAUGGAGCUAAUUUCUCAAUAGAUGACAUUCCUCUAAAUGGUCCUCUUGGGAUUUCAAGUUCAUGUGAUCGUACAACUAUCUGUAACUCUACAGAUUCUUUGAUCCCAGACCUGGUGCCAAACAAGGUUGUUGAGAGCCGUUCACAAAAUAUGUACCAAAAUACUGCUAAGAUUCAUUCAACAGAUUUUUCCGGCUCCAUGGCGCCAACGGCUAAAGAAGUUAUUAAUUUGCACCAUCCUUGUGAAAUGACUCCUAGUUCACAUGUUCAUAUCACUUCAACCCAUUAUGGAUCUUCAAACAUUAAACAGUCUUCGGACGGUGUUGUCGUGCGUACGGAUUCUUCCAAUACAUUUCAUGUCACGUCUCCCGACCGUGUCAUUCAAGCACAGUGUGCUCUCGAUUGUAGAAAUGUGAAUGUCUUUCAGCCAAGUUCUAAAUCAAAUUCAUAUAACGCGCAACGUUAUUUUUCUUCUGAAGGUAGCACAUCUGGCCAAGAUUCUACUCACGCGACGCGUCUGCAGUAUGAAUUCGAAGGGGCAAUAGCUAGCUGCUCUAAAAGCGUCCUAGCCCAAUCAAAUUUUCCGCAGAGUAAUAGCCAAAUGAUGUGUCAUACAAAUCAAGUUUUUACAGGGGGUGUCAAACAGAUGCUUUCAGUGAGCAAAGUCCGCUCAUCACUUGGACAUUCUCAGGUUAGCUGCUCUAGUACCCAAACCCAGGCCAUGAUUGGUCAGAUUAUGGAACAUAGUUUUGAUUUAAAAAAAGCAAAUAGUUUGAUUCAUAGGUCUAACACUGUCCCUUAUGUUAUUCCAGCAGCAUCGCGUUGCGAUUCAGUUAUAAAUAAAAAACCCCAGAUCUGGACUAAUGCUUCUCCGCAAAAUAAUCCAACAGUUCAGCAAUUUGAAAGUCUGAAAAAUGAGGCAACUUAUUACCUAAAAAAUGAUGCUCAACAUGCAUCCGUAACAAACCACCCUAAUCAUGGAAAUGAAGUUCAAGAUAUUCAGCUAAACCAUCAGUUCCAAAACCCUUGCAAUUUUUCCAUUUAUGAGGAAAUGCAGCAUCCAUGCGUUCCGGUGGUUCCUGGAAACAAUUCUAACUUCGUAAAUUACUUGCAUUCGAAUUCUUCCAUCCAUAACUGUGGCAAAAAUCAAAUGAACGAUAACAGAAAUUUCACCUCCGUGUAUAACACACAACAACAUGGACAUCAUUUAUCACAACAAGGAAGUGUUAUUACCGGGGCAUCUCAACAGGCCAAUGCGUGUGCAACAAAUGCCUACUUUCAGCAUCCCAAUGGACACGUACGCUAUCCUUUAAAAAUGAAUCAAAGUGUCAACAGCUGUGGCUCCACGAGCAAUGUCUUGCACAAUUCCUCUGAUACUGUCGCUGUUCAUGAUUUUUCAAUGCUUGAACAAGAACAUUCAAUGCUUCUAACAUCAAAUUUAUCAACUCAGCCUAACAAUCAUGCAUCAUCUUCUGGUGUUAACUAUGCAUCCAAUCAGAAUGCGAAUGGAAAUUCUGAAGCUACUUUUCAAAGUGGCAGUAAAAUUAGAGUUCCUGGAAUUAACAGCUUAUCGGCUGCAAAUGUGAAAACCUUAAAUCCUACUCAUUGUUCUUCUUCUUCAUUUGAACUUCCAGUUGACGCUUCUGCCAACCACUGUGUGGCAAAUUACGAUGCUACUAACCCGCAUCGCUAUUUCGCCAAUCCCAAUAGAAUGCGUUCUCACGUCGUAGCCAAUGAGCUAUCAAAUUGUCAGGCAAUGUGCAACACUAAUGAAGUUGCUAACUCUGUUUUACCCUCGUUACCUUAUGGGAUUAAUGUUCAACAUGGGGUAUCAAAUGGAAGCAUGCAUUUUCCUUCUGUUCAGGUACACCAUAAUGCUUUGCCGCAGCCCAGUAGUGCUGUUUACAGUGACGGUCACGGCCAACAAAAUGUAAAUGUCAUGCCUCCACAACAAAUGCAUUACCUUCCUGUACCAUCUGGGCACACUUACUGCGAUGUCUCCUGCAUUCACAGCUGCAUGAGUUACCAGUACUCGGACUAUGCAAGAAAUAAACACUCGCAUUCACUGCCUGAAUAUAUUGGCCCGCCAAACAUUGCUGAAGUACCUGGUCAACAGCAAGUCUUUCAUGAAACGAUCAACCACUCGUAUUCCACUUCUGUGGUGCCACCAGUUACUUCCUCUUGCUUCAAUUCGGCCGGAUUAUACACGUCAGUUAAAAAAUUCGAUUCUCCAAAUUCAUUGCAUUCAAAUCAAAGUUCGUCCUGUUCAGUAGAAGUCACGCAAAGGAAUAAAAAAUGUAGUAAUUCUCAUAUCGCUUUGUUGAAAAAUCAAAUCUUGUCAACAGAGCCUGAUGUAUUGGAAAAAUCAGCCGUUUAUGAUAAUAAUGCACAAAAGAUAGCAACUGGAUAUCAUGUGGCAGAAAUAAAUCCAACUCAUUUAGCUGUGCCGGCGUCCACUAUGAACGUAGAGAACCCCAAUUUAGAAUUGGCAGAAGCUAAUCCUACCUCUGCCUCUAGAAAUUUGAAGAAAGAUCGCUUUGGGACUGAGAACUUGCAACCCAGCAUGACAGUAGCCAAGUGCGAUGUCAUCGAAGCAAGCACUUGUUCAAAUAAUGUAGAUACUCCUAAGUUUAAUCAAACUUCAAGGCAUCCUUGUGAAAACGACAGUUCUUAUAAUUUAAAUGAUUCUCAACCAAAGGUAAGCUUGAGUCGUGAUGUGAUGACUCAACACGAUUCUUCUUUGAACACGAAUAAUUAUAAUCUUUCCAAAUUUACAAAUAAUUCAACCGUAAAUUCAGAGAUAACUGUUGAUGAAUCAAAUUACAUCGUGCGGACUUCAGCCGAUUCCCCUAUUCUCAACUGCACCAACCCCUGCUCUGUUGUGUCAAGUUGUAAGACAACUACAGAAAUGGACAUCGACAUUGAAGAAUGUGAUUUUCCUGAUGACCAUUUGCUCGUUCUUGAUAACAAAUCGGAUUACAAGUCAAGUCAGACAAUGAGUUCCGACUUCGAGAACCAAGAUCCAGCUGAAAUUGCACCUAAUCCUGAUCCCCAGGAUGUUAUGAAGUUGAGUGUUUCAGGCGCUGGCGAUUUUAGCAAGAAUCUGGGGAACGCGCAAACGGACGGAUGCCCUGAUGCUGUUAAUAGUGAAUUUGUUGAAGAGCCUGAAGAGCGCUCUUUGAAUCGCCCUUCUACUCCUGAACUACUUCGCAAUGUACAGGAAGCAACCGAGUAUCACAAACCCACCUUACUAACUCGUAAUUUGAAGAUGAAAAAGCAUGCAAAGCUGCAAAUUUGUAGACAGUGCGACCAGGUUUUCUCUACUCGGAACUGUUUGGUGAGACACAUUGAACGAAGACACAAAAUCAGUAUGAUGCAUUUCAACUGUCCUAAUUGCGCCAAAAAGUGCAACUCAGAACGGUCAUUGAACAGGCACAUGCUUCAGCACAAAAAUUUUACUUGUAAGCUCUGUCAUGAAACAUUUUCAAGUCGAACUGACUUCAAGAAACACAUUGAUCAACAUUCACGAGGAAGUUUAUCAUGUACAUCUUGUAACAAGGACUGUUCCACAAUCCAGGCUCUAAUUUCUCAUAUGAAUACCCACACAAAGGAAAAACCAAAUUAUUUAUGUACCACUUGCCAAAAAGAAUUCGCCAAUAAACGAAAUCUAAUAGUUCACGUACGUACACACACGGGAGAACGCCCCCAUAAGUGUUCUAAUUGCCGGAAAACUUUUAGUGUAAGAAGCAAUAUGCUUGCGCACGAGGAAAUGUGCCUUGAUAAAUGCAGAUUCAAGUGUGAUCUAUGCUCCAGAGGAUUUCCUUUAGAAUCUGUGUACAAGCGACAUCUCGAGGAGCACGAAGGUAAAUUUGCUUAUACGUGUACGGUCUGUCAGAAAGGUUUCAGUAAGCCCUCGGGUCUGAAAGCACAUUCUAGGACGCAUGAACUUGUGCAACAAUUUCCUACCAAUCACUCCAAUCCAGUGAAAACUCAGAAAAAACAAAAGGAUCGGAAAACUAAAAAAUCUUCUAAGUGUCCUGUAUGUGGCAAACAAUUGUCUAGACAUCAAUUACUAAAAGAUCAUCUAGCUCGUCAUGCAAAUGAGAGAAAUCAUAAAUGUCCCGACUGUGAUCAGGUAUUUUUUUAUAAAAGUAAUAUUCGGUCUCAUCAGUUAGCACAACAUUCUAAUGUUAAAAAAUUCGCUUGCCCUGAUUGUUCCAAAAGUUUUGCCUCCAAAAACUCGCUAAAUAUUCAUCUUACUGUCCACAGUGGUGUGAAGCCACACCAAUGCCAUGUUUGUGGGAAAGCUUUUUCCAUUCGUAGUAAUUACACACGUCAUCUGAAAUGUCAUGCCACUCCUUCGAUCAAUUCAAUACCCGCUAAAUUGUUUUGAAAUGCUUAAUUUAUUAAUGGACUAUAAAUCUCAUUCUUGUUUAAAAAUCCUUGUGGAGGCUGAUGAAAUACCUGAUGAUUGGUUUAAAAAAAAUAGCUACUCCAUAACGUAACUACCGUUGAUCAAAAGGUCAGACACUGGUCAAAUAACCUAUAAAAAUGGAGCAUCGAAGUCCGAACAAGUCCGAAGAACACACCAUUCAUAUGCACAAGUCCGAAGAACACAACUAAGAUCUGCCUCUGGCUUUGAAUUAAUAACAAAACUUUUAGCCGCUCUGAGUUAUUCUAACCAGAUCAACAUUUCCCUUGGGCAUGAAUUGAUCGAUCCUUUUGUCAUGAACUAUCACGAUGAAUUUCAACUUGGCAAGUUCUUGCUGCUCUGGGCGGCCACUACUCUUGUAACCUCACUCUUGUACAGCGAUACAUUGUACAGUGAAAAGACCAUUGUCCUGCUUUUGGGACGUUUCAUUUCCCCAUGAGUGCGUUUGAAGACGAUUUUGAUCGAAAAAAUCGUAAUUCAUAGUACAAUUUUAGAAAUACCUAAAUAAUUAGGAAAAACUCUUAAACUUGUCUGAAACUUAUUAAACUUGAAGGAAUUAGAAACCAUACAGGAAUACGCGACUUGCAUCCCAGACGAUGAAGAUUGCGGGUAAUGGUAGAAGUAAAUAUCCUCAGUUUAGUUUCAGUUAGACAAAGAAAAUUUUUCUGUACUUAUAUAUAAUUAUGACUCGAUUUAUCAAGCUACGAUGGAAGAGACAGUGUUCAUGCGUGCCAAACUAAUUCAAGUAAUUCCUGGUUAUUAUGUUCGUUGCUGGAAAUGCACAGCUAGGGGCUGUUAUUAGCUGCAUUAUUUCUGAAUUUUAUUUA